AUGUCAGUUAUUGGAUUAUGGCUGGUGACAGUCACAGCAACUUUGAGUUUGUUUGUCUGGCAAUUGAUAUUCCUCUUAUCCAUUCCCAAGUCGAUUGUUGUUUGCUUAAUAGCAGAGAGCUUAUUCUUUGUUGCAUGGUUCUUCUACUGGACUGUUAUCUACCCCCGGUAUCUCACGCCUUUUCGCCAUCUUCCAACACCCGCGAGCCGUUCAAUUCUUACUGGCAAUCAAAAUGGCCUUUUCACUGAGAACUCAUGGGACGUCGCUCGUCGAGUCAGCCAGACUGUGCCUAACAGUGGACUAAUUCGCUACUACGUGGCCCUGUCCAAUGAAAGAAUUCUUGUCACGAAUACGAGGGCUCUAAGCGAUGUGCUAACUAACCAUUCUCAUGACUUUGGGAAAUCCAAUCUUGCAAAGUUUGCACUCAAACGCCUGACUGGCAAUGGGCUAGGAUUCCUAGAGGGCAAUGAACACAAGGUUCAUCGUAAAAAUCUGAUGCCUGCUUUCACGAGAAAGCAUGUUAAGGAGCUGACCCCCAUUUUCUGGGAUAAGGCAAUGGAAAUGGUCAAAGGCAUGGAAGCUGAAGUCCGCUGCGGUAAAGACACGUCAACCCAAGGAACAGGGAUCGUCGAGAUUCACGAUUGGGCUACACGGGCGACAUUGGAUAUCAUCGGUACCGCUGGUUUUGGCUACGACUUUGGUACCUUGCACAACCCCAGCAACGAGAUUGGGCAGCAGUACAAAAAGAUGUUCUUGGAGCCGUCGACCGCCUUCAACUGGCUUGAGCUUCUCGGAAACUAUAUCGAUUUUAGAUUCCUGAUGACAUUGCCUGUGAAGAAAAACAGAGAUCUGACAGCUGGAUCCAACUUUAUGCGCGAGAUAGCCAAGAAGGUGAUUCGGGAGAGACGUCAUGAACUGUUCCAAAGGAUGACCUCACAAGCAGGUAACAUGAAGAAUACUAAGAAAGAUAUCAUCACCACGGCACUGGCUAGCGAUUGCUUUACCGAUGACCAGCUCGUUGAUCACGUCAUGGCAUUUCUUGUUGCUGGUCAUGAAUCGACUGCUACAGCAUUUGAAUGGGCCAUGUAUGAGCUCGGUCACCGUCCUGAAAUGCAGAAGCGUGUAAGAGACGAGGUACGCACGUAUCUUCCAUCACCCAGCGCCGGGGGUGUCAAGAACAUCACUUUCGAGUCAGUGCCUUAUCUCCAAGCAAUCUGCAACGAGGUUCUGCGGCUUUACCCUUUUUUGCCAUUUGCAACAAGGGUAGCAGAAAAGGAUACAUGGGUUGCGGAUCAAUUCGUGCCCAAGGGCACAAUCGUUGCUUACGCAGCGCAUAUUUCGAACCGCGACAGCGAGCUUUGGAGUGGUCCUGCACUUGACGCAUUUGACCCGGAGCGAUGGAUGGAACCGGGCAAAGAGAGCUCGGGCGGCGCAAACAGUAACUACGCCAUGCUGACGUUCUCGGCUGGGCCCAAGAGCUGCAUCGGUGAGGCGUGGACGCGGGCCGAGCUACCUUGUCUUGUCGGCGCAAUGGUCGGUUCAUUUGAGAUUGAGUUGGUCGAGGGGAAACAAGCAGACGGAACUGUUUACCCGACGGUAGAUUUCAAGAUGGGAAAAGUGCUAAAGUCGAGAGAUGGUGUUUUCGUUCGGCUCAGACGGCUAGAAGACUGGUAG